AUGUCUACAUCUUUUGAAGACACACUGCUCACCAAUGAGUUCAUCAGUAAAGCAUCACCCUUAGAGGAAACAGAGAGGCAAAAACUCAUUCUUGAGGAGCUGAGAAUGCAGGGAAUAAUCAAGAGUCAAAGUACCACUGCCAGAACUGUAGAAGUGUAUGAGAACAAGAGAGAUGCCCUGGCAAAGACACUGAAGAAACCCCCAGCUAGGCUGGAAAAAUUUGGAAAUGAGCAAGUGGGUGAUUUUACAGUGAAGGACAUGAAGCCUUCUGCUGAAGCAAAGAAACAGGUUAGGGAAGAGGAACUGAACAAAAUGCCACAACACAUUAUUAUCAUUAUUUCCCCCCCAGAAACUGCUCACCAAACCACAAGGAAACAGACUGAAAAGGACUGCCCAUGUUUUGAAAGCCAGGGAGGUACAGACCCUCAGCCCUCACCGUUAGAUGCUGAGCCAGGGCUGCUGCUGAAGGAAAUAACUGCAGUAGACAGAACAAACAAUUAUACUGAGGGGGACACUGUCACUAAGUCUGUAACUUACAGCUGCAUCAAUGAAUCAGUCUGGAUUAGGAAGGCACAGGAUAAAGAGAUCCUGUCAGGGAUAUUAACGGAGCUCUCCUGCAAAGAUACCAGACAUAAGCUCUGGUCACAGUCUCUCCUUACCAUGAAGCAGCCAGCUCUGGAGAUGUGUUUCCAGCUGAUUGACACUAUCUUAGAGAGGAUUCUGGAAGAUAUUAAAGCCAGGUAG